AUGCAGCCUGGCUCGGAACCACAGUACGGGCCAUAUCCAGUCACAGCACUGACGCCUGCCUCCUCCGACCAGUCAAUCAAUGGCGACGGCACUAUCUCGAGCAAGAAGCGCAAGGAGUCUCCACUACCCACAGGCAAGAAGCCGGUCAAGAAGGCAAAGGCAGAUACCAAGAAAGACUCUGUGAACCCAGAGCAGGAUGGCGAGCCUCUCAGCAAGGCCAAACGUGUGCGAACAGGGUGUCUGACAUGUCGGGAAAGACACUUGAAAUGCGACGAGGGACUACCGGUUUGUAACAACUGCAGGAAAAGCAACCGGGAAUGCAAGCGCGGCGUAAGGCUGAACUUCAUCGACAUCUGGGCGGAGCGGCCUCCUACGCUGUUGACAGCCUUUGGCACUUCAGAAUGGAAGGUCAAUUUUCUGGACGAGUCGCGCGAGAUAGCGAGCGAGUAUCAGGGUGGACUGCAGCUGUACAGGCGGCCGCGACCGCAGCAGCAGCAGCAGCAGCAGCAGCAGCGCGAUCCACCAAAAGCUGUGCCGAUGGACCCCCGCUUGACCUUCGAGUAUGCCCAGCCUGCGCCUCCGGCACCUAACAUGGCGCAUCAGCCAUUGCCGCAGAUGCAUGGAAACAUGCAGAAUCCGUACCCGGAGCCUCCUCCCGCGCCAGAACUGGGCAAUAUGUACGACCCAUUUUUCAAGCAGGACCAGCAUAAUCACCAUCUGCAACCACCGCCUUCUGGCUCUACGGUCGAGUCACGACACAGUGGAAAUUCAGACAACAGCAGUCUGCACCCUGGGUCUGUCGGGAGCUAUAACGUCGGUCCAAAUGGAGUGUUGCAGACGAGCAAUGAGGAGCGGAAGGAUUACAUUGAUGAUCAAGAAGAAACGCUCUUCAUGCAAGUCUUCGUAGAAGAAGUCGGCCUUUGGAUGGACAGCAUGGACUCGCACAAGCACUUCUCGCAACUACUUCCUUUCCACUCUCUGUCGGAGCCGAUGCUUCUAAACGCUUUCUUGGCCUGCGGCGCGCGGCAUCUUCAGCUCGUCAACCCGGCUUACAACGAGGAAAAGGCGCUACACUACUACGAUACCGCCACGCGACACCUGCUCAAGAACCUGCAAGAUCCUAACCGAGAUACAGUCAUAUGUGCGACCACAGCUGUCAUACUCAAUGUGUACGAAAUCAUGUCCGAGCGUGCUUUACAGCGAAUGAACCACAUCGCGGGUGCGAGAGCUCUGAUCAAAGAGUGCGGCUGGAACGCUCGGUCGACAGGAGUUGGCGCGGCGUGUUUCUGGCUCAACGUGGGUCUGGAAGUGCUCAGCUGUCUACACUUCAACUGGCAAGCCGCUUGGGAUCCCGACGACUGGGGCGUGGACAUGGACUUCAGCCGCGAACUGCAGAACGGACGGGAAGAGAUCUGGACUCACCGCAUGCUUUACAUCAUCGCCAAAGUCUGCAACUAUCGCGCAACCACUCCUCGCUACAAAGAAGGUGAAGACCCCAAGCUUAAGGAAAUGCGCACACAACAGCGCUACGAAGAAUGGCUCCGCCUUCGCGACAUGGCCGAUGCCUGGAACAACGGUAUCCCGCGCACAAUGCACCCCAUCGCUUUCCUUUAUCCCCACCAAACCGCCACCCGAUCCAACUUCCCCGAAGUUUGGCUCAUCAAGCGCAGCACCGUCGUCGCUCGCCUCUUCUACCACACCGCGCAGCUCCUCCUCUCCCAAACCAACCCCUACUACAGCCCCACCAACAGCCCCGAAAUGGCCGACAUGCAAUCCCGCCAUUCCCAAAUGAUCUGCGGCAUCUCCGCGCACGUCAAAGACCGCGGCGUCGCCUCUGUCGCCAUCCGCUCGCUCGCGCACGCCGCGGAGGUCCUGACCCAACGGAACGAGCAAGAAGAAGUGCUCCGCGUCUUCUCGAAAAUCAACAAAGAAACCGGAUGGAAAGUCGGGUACGUGUACAAAGAGCUGAAGGAGAAAUGGGGCUGGGAGGAACAGAUGUCGGCCGAAGAGUACGCGCAGACGCACGAAGCGGCGCGGUUGCAGCGCGAGGCGAAGGAGGCACGGGAGAGGCAGAUGCAGGAGAAUGCUAUGCUCGCACAGCAGCAGCAGCAGAGUUUCGACUUUAACGCGCAACAAUCUAAUGGGAUGGGGACGCUGCAGCCGAAUGUUCAGCCCAGUGGGCCGCCGAUGAUGAAUCCUGCCACUUCCAACCCUGGCGGCGGUGGCGGAAGUGGAGGUGCAGGAGGAGGUGGAGGAGGAGGAGGCAUGCCCCGCAAAAUGCCCCAAGGCAUCCCGAAUCCGAUGUACGCGAAGGCGGAUUUCAACCUGCCGCAGCAUCCGUAUCAGAACUUUUACGUGGCGCCGAAUCACGUAUCGGCUGCUUGGGGGGAUGGGGGUGGGAAUGGGAGUGAGCAGCACAAUCAGCAGCAUAAUCAGGGCCAGGGGCAGCAACAGCAAUUCUACUAG